CCGACCUCUUUCUGUCUUUUCCCUAUAACAAAAGGGAAAAGACAGAAAGAGAAAGAGCUUUGAGAACAGUGAAACCAAUGACAACAAAAGUACUUCAACCUUUCUCGGCAGAGAGAAGCAAAAGGUCAAGUCCAGGCAGGGCUGGGCUUGGGUUUUGAUGCUUACUCUCAGUGAAGGGUGCCAGGUUCAAAGCAACUUAAGCAGGGUGUCUCCUUCUAGGACUGCAGAAAUGUGGAGCUGAUGGGUUCCUUUCAAUGAACUGGAUUAAAGGGGCUGAAAGGGCUGGCGUAUCAGGAGCCAGGAGUGCCUAAUGGCCUUCAGGGGGAGCCUGGCUUGCCUGAGAGAUGAAAUUUGCACAGUGCCCUUGGAUGAUCAUCAUUUGAUACAAGACAAGGCUGAGAUCAUGAUUCAGGUUGACAAGAGUUCGUCUGGAGGACUGGCUGGAGGAAGAGCUGAGCCUGAAGAAGUAGUUUUGAGUUCUCACACUUUCAGAAAUAAGAUCUUUAAGAAACCCAAAACCUGUAAUAUCUGCAAACAAGUUAUUGACAGCCAAGGCAUUUCGUGCAGAGUUUGCAAGUAUUCGUGCCACAAGGAAUGUGAAGUAAAGGUGGUGACCCCCUGCUUUCUACCAAUCAACUAUGAACUGACUUCCAGCAGUUGUUCCAAAAGUUCAUCAUUCUGUUGUGACAAAGUAUCACAAAGUGCAGACUUUGAUCACGUUAUGGAGGAGGGCUAUGAACUUGACCUAACUUACAUCACGGAGCGGAUCAUUGCUGUGUCCUUUCCUGCGACCUGUUCAGAGGAAACGUACCUGCACAACCUGCAAGAUGUAACCCGAAUGCUUAAAUCUAAACAUGGAGAUAACUAUCUGGUGUUAAACCUUUCUGAAAAAAGAUAUGACCUUGCCAAACUCAACCCAAAGAACUGGCCCUUUCUUGUGAUACAUUUCCACUUCAAUGUCAGCCUUUUUCAACAGAAAAUUAUAAUGGAUGUGGGGUGGCCUGACUUGCAUGCCCCUCCCCUGGAUAAGUUGUGCACCAUUUGCAAGGCCAUGGAGUCAUGGUUGAACAGUGACCCUCAGCAUGUGGUAGUGAUUCAUUGCAGGGGUGGAAAAGGAAGGAUAGGAGUAGUGAUAUCAUCAUAUAUGCAUUUCACCAAUGUUUCUGCAAGUGCUGAUCAGGCUUUAGACAGAUUUGCUAUGAAGAAAUUCUUCGAUGAUAAAGUUUCAGUGUUAAUGCAGCCAUCCCAGAAAAGGUACGUGCAGUUCUUAAGUGGCCUUCUGUCUGGAUCUGUGAAAAUGAACACCACCCCACUCUUCCUGCACUUUGUCAUCAUUCAUGGCAUCCCAAGCUUUGACGCUGGAGGAGUGUGUCGGCCCUUUUUGAAACUGUACCAGGCUAUGCAACCCAUUUAUACAUCAGGAAUAUAUAGCUUAGGUCCAGAAAAUCAAAGCAGGGUUUGCAUUGCUAUUGAGCCAGCCCAACUACUGAAGGGAGACAUUAUGCUGAAGUGUUACCACAAAAAAUAUCGAUCAGCCACCCGUGAUGUGAUUUUUCGCCUGCAGUUUCAUACAGGUGCUGUUCAAAGUUAUGGUCUUGUGUUUGGCAAAGAGGAUUUGGACAAUGCUAACAAAGAUGACCGUUUUCCUAAUUAUGGAAAGAUUGAAUUGGUAUUUUCAGGAACCCCAGAGAAAAUCCAAGGAUGUGAACACCUGCAGAAUGACCAUGGAGUGAUAGUUGAUUACAAUACCUCUGAUCCACUGAUACGCUGGAACUCCUAUGAAAACAUGAGCCCAGAUGGGGAAGUGUUACAUACUCAAGGUCCCAUUGAUGGCAGUCUUUAUGCUAAAGUGAGAAAAAAGAGCUCUUCAGAUACCAGUGUCCCAAGUGGAGUCCAGGGCAUCCCAACAAUCAGCAGUCCUGAUCACAGUGAUCAUACGCUGUCUGUCAGCAGUGAUUCAGGACACUCGACAGCUUCCAUCCGGACAGAUAAGACUGAGGAGCGUCUUGCAUCAGGAACUAAACGGGUUUUGAGCCCACAAGAGAAAGCAGAGCUGGACCAACUCCUUAGUGGCUUUGGCCUGGGAAGCUUGGUCAUUCCCCUCAAAGAUAUGACUGAUGCCCAAAGCAAGUACAGUGGGACUCAUCACAUAGUGCCAGCUCAGAUCCACGUGAACGGAGUCUCCAAGCUCAAGGAUCGGGAGACCGACAUUCUCGAUGAUGAGAUGCCCAAUCAUGAUCUUCACAGUGUAGACAGCAUUGGGACUCUGUCCUCCUCUGAGGGGCAGCACUCUGCCCACCUGGGAAACUUCAACUGCCACAAGAGCAGCCAGAAUUCACUGUUGUCAGAUGGGUUUGGGAGCAAUACAGGGGAGGACCACCCCAGUGCCCUGGCCCCUGACCUGGGAAUAGGUGUGGACCCCCUGUAUGAGAGAUCGUUUGGAAGCAGUGAACCAAAGCAAUCCCAGCAGCUACAAAGGAAUCCUCCUGUCACUGGCCAGCCUCAGGUUUAUGGCCGAAGCAGCUACUCAACUCAGACCUGGGUGCGCCAACAGCAAAUGGUCACUGCUCACCAGUACAACUACACCCCAGAGAGUGAAAUGAGGCUUGGCAUUUCUAGCUCUGUAGAGGGCUCAGGCAGUGUGCAAAGCCCACACAGAGUCCCAGACACCCCUGCCCGGGGGUCCAGCAGCAGAGAUGCUGUGCAGAGGGGAUUAGGGACUGUACCAGGUCCCAGUGGAAUGACAGAGCACCCUGGAAAUGAGACUUUUAAAUCGAGAUUAGUAGUAGAGAAAGAUACAAAUGGUCUGGAGCUGGGCUUGAAUGCAGAAUGCUUACCAUCAUCCCCUACACUGGAUAUUGAUCAGUCAAUUGAGCAGCUGAACAGGCUGAUCUUGGAGCUGGAUCCUUCAUUUGAACCUAUCCCAACCCGCAUUAACAGCAUCUCCAGGGACACAAGUCAAGUGAACGGUUUCACCAGCCCUACUAUGGAUGGGGGAAUGCUCGGCAUGAGUCCUGGGGUCCAUGAGAAAAUAGAGCUCCCUAACAGGAACUUCUCCUGCCAUGUGCCAGGUUCACAAGAAGAUGAUACGUCAGGGGGAAGAAUCAGGAAGUUAAGUCUUGGACAGUAUGACAAUGAUGUUCCAGGACAGCUACCAGUUACCAAGUGUGGAUGGAUGAAGUCUACUGGUAUAGACCCAGCUUUAAAUCCAGGAUCACUAAUUGCUGUAGGGGAGACUAAAGAGAAAUGUGUGGCACAUUAUCAAGAAGGCCUUGAUGAGGUUGAUUGUGAAAUCUUCUCUCCAACCAAAAAUGGGAAUGAACCUGUCCCACCUACCCCAGCUUUUCCACUAUCACCUGAGACACCAUAUGUGAAAACUCCCCCAUAUUACCAUCAAGUGACUCUAUCAGGCCAGCAGAUCACUAGCCUACCUGAACUGUACAGAAGCAGUCAUGAAUCUCGAAGUUACAAAGAAGGCCUUAACCAUACUGUUGUGACAUCUGACAGUACCAUGGGCACCAAUCCUGCUUUGCUGAGGACUGACAUACAGAUGGCUCCUUCCUGUCAGCGUCCUUUUGCAUCUACAUGCACCAUGUCAAAUAACAGCCCUAUCCCACAGGAACAAAGCCCUCCUGCAACUGAACACCCUUGGCUAAGCAGCCAAAGACCUACCCAUUCACCCCAGCUUUCAGUGACGGGUAACAACAGGCCAACAGGAAGUUAUCUUUUGCCCUCAGAAUUUUCAAGCUCUGUGCAGGAAGACUCUCUCUUCUCCCUUUUCCCAUCCCCAGGCCUGCAAGUUAUCUCCUUGAGCAGCCAAGAAAAUUCAUCAUCAGAGCAGCAACAAGAACCUUCUGCCAAAACCAGUGCCCGGACUUACCUGAACUAUGGUGGAGCCAGUGUAGGCAGCAGCCCUUCCUUGGAGGAGAAACAGGCUACUUUCAUGGUCAACAGUAACAGUUCUCCCAAAACUAUGAGCUCACCACUGGCAAGUGAAGAAGACAAUGGGUUUUUGGAACACAACUUUCUUACAAUGACCACUGGACAUAACAGCCAGAACAGCACUACUCAGCAAAAGCACGGAAUGAAUCUGCACCCCCAACCACCCCUUCCAGAGAAGAAGAGGUCUUCUGAAGGAGAACGUUCCUUUGGUUCCAUCUCCCCUUCUUCCAGUGGCUUCUCCAGUCCCCACAGUGGGAGUACAAUCAGCAUCCCAUUUCCAAAUGUCCUGCCAGACUUUUCUAAAGUUUUAAGUACUUCCCCUGUGCCAGACAGUACAACUGAUAAGCAUGUGACUGUAAAAUUUGUCCAAGACACAUCCAAGUUCUGGUACAAGCCAGAUAUUUCAAGAGAGCAAGCCAUUGCUGUUCUUAAGGACAAGGAACCUGGGUCAUUCAUUGUUCGAGACAGCCACUCAUUCCGGGGAGCCUAUGGCCUUGCAAUGAAAGUUGCUACACCCCCUCCUUCAGUGCUGCAGUUGAACAAGAAAGUUGGGGAUUUGUCAAAUGAACUUGUAAGGCAUUUUCUGAUUGAGUGCACCCAUAAGGGAGUACGAUUGAAAGGAUGCCCAAAUGAGCCAUAUUUUGGGAGUUUGACAGCUUUGGUGUAUCAACAUUCCAUUACUCCUCUGGCAUUGCCCUGCACACUGCUCAUCCCAGACAGAGACCCAUUGGAGGAGAUAACAGAAACUUCUCCACAGACUGCAGCAAACUCAGCAGCUGAGCUCCUAAAGCAGGGUGCAGCAUGCAAUGUCUGGUACCUGAAUUCUGUGGAAAUGGAGUCUCUUACAGGCUACCAGGCAGUGCAAAAAGCCCUGAGCAUGAUGUUGAUACAAGAUCCUCCUCCCAUCUCUACUGUGGUCCAUUUCAAGGUGUCUGCCCAAGGGAUCACGCUGACGGACAAUCAAAGAAAACUCUUUUUCCGGAGGCAUUAUCCUGUCACUACUGUUAUUUUUUGUGCUUUGGAUCCACAGGACAGAAAGUGGAUGAAAGAUGGCCUUUCAGCAAAAGUGUUUGGAUUUGUGGCAAAGAAGCAAGGCAGUCCCACAGACAAUGUGUGCCACCUGUUUGCAGAGCAUGAUCCAGAACAGCCCGCCAGCGCCAUUGUGAACUUUGUGUCAAAGGUUAUGAUUGGUUCCCAGAAGAAGAUUUGAAGCCUUCCCGGCCUGCAGUCCAGAGCUCUUUGCUGGCUCCAGCGAAGGCGAUACAGGGGUAAAACCAUAUUUGGGAAUAUGCAGCUACAUCAUCUGACCCUAACCACUCCUCAGCUGCUACACCUUCCACUGAAGGAAAGCAGAGGACAGUUCUGUCUCGCUAACAGCACAGAGAGCAUGCUCCUUUCUUUGAAGACAUUUCUGAUCUAUCAAAACAUUGGGUGUUUAUAUCAAAGGCAGAGUUGCAAACUGAACAAGUUGAGUAUCACCGAAAGUCAUGUAGCCCACAUCUAAAUUAAAUGUAGACGACUUUCCAGCAAAGGGAUUUUAAUGUAUUUUCUUUUCUCAAAAAAAGGCAUUUGCCCCCACUCAUCAGAUCAUUCUACUUUUAUGCUGAAAAAAUGUUAGAACCACAUAUGUUCUCUUAUACGCUUGCCACAAUUGCAUCAAUGGUAGCUAUGGCCCAUGCAAACAGAUGUUCUUAAGAGAAUGGGGGUCUGUGAAGGACCAUUUGCUCUUCCCUUCAUCUUUAUACAGUAAUAGUGGGAGCUGAAGUUAGAAGGUGCAGGAUGUAUGUUAGAUGCAGGUUAGUGCAGGGUAAUUUCUUCUAAGGGUGCAGAGGCAUGGCAUUUUCAGGGCAGAUGGCUCAGUAGUUUGUGUGUGAGGAAAGCUGAGUUUUUUAGCAUGUGUAAUUUUAAAGCAGAGGAGCUGACCAAAAAAAGGUUGUGCAGAAAAGUAUUCCAUGACUGGAUUUUUUUUUUUAUUAUUAUUAUUUUUAUACAAAAAGGUAAGCAGGGAAGAUCUCUAUUUUAAUAAUUGCAGGAUAAAAAUGAGGGAAAAGCAAAGAAGAAAAUGAUUUUGUAUAAUUUAUAUAUUUUUGCUGGUGCCAGAUUAUUUAUAGUAGACCUCAGAUCUCAAUAUACUAUAUGAAUAUUCUUAUAAUAGUGCCAUUGUUCUGCUUGGCCUUCCUAAUACUAUUUUGCCUAAAUAUAGCAUGUUGCAUGUGCUUUGCUGUAGUGAGUAGAGUUUCAUAUUCUAAGUCUUGUCUUACAGUGUUAAACCAUGUCCCAUCUCCCGUCCUUCCAGAACUAAUGUUUUGACUAUGACAUAAGCUGCCCCGCCCCGUAGUUACUUACAGUCAUUCUUCCAGCACAUUUUUUCUUUUUUUUUCAUUUUCUUUUUUCUUAAUGGACUGUAUUUAAGUUUUAUAGCUGAAUUUUUAAAUACUUUCUUGAGUCAAGAUAUCUAAAGGGAAAAAUAUAUUGUGUUACCUUACCCCAUUUCUAAGAGCUUUCAUGUCAUUAUUUGAAAAUCUGUCAGAAGUAUUUCAUAUGAUUUUAUAACCCAGUGUAGAGUGCCCAGGUAUAUUUAUAAAGGGAUAAACAUUCUAGGUACCUGAGUUUUACUCAGACUGUAGUUGGCCUUCAUGAUGGGUAAAGUACUACAGACUAUGGCAGGUUACUUGGGAUAACCCCAGUAAGAGAGAGGCUCCAUUUGAAGUCCAUAGUAAAAUAUAAAUGUACUCCAAAGGGAACAAGAUCAGGCCCAGAAUUAGGUAUUAGAAGUAAUAAGGCACCCAGGAAUCAAUAUAUUCAUGACCUGAGGUAUAAAAUUGAGCAAGUUUCUGCAUGCAGAACUGCAUGAGACAUUAGGCUGACUGAUACCUGUCCUAGUUUAGAGGCUAACACAGUCAGACUCAUCACAAGGAAUGGGAAAAUCAUAUAGUAAAUAAGUAAAAUUACCUACCUGCAUCUGUUCUACCCUGAUUUGUUCCUAUAUGAUUGUUCUUCUGAUUUUUCAUAAGGGCAUCAAGGAUUUUUUAAGAAUUAGAAGAGCCAUGGGAACAUGGCACAGGGACCGUGCACAGAAUUGCGGCACUAUAUGUAAAUAGAAAGAUUAAGCAGUCCAAAGCAUAGCUACCGUUGAAGCAGCAAAGACAAGUGCCUCUGAUGUGUACCUGAUCCCUUUAUUCUUUUAUCAAAGUUUCAUUAAUCUAAUUAUGUUUAUAUGCCAUGUAAAAAGAAUGUAUUCAGGCUGUGGAUGAUAUUUUUAGGGUGUUUUAAUAAAUUUGAUCCCUGUCAAAAACAUCAGGGCAAAUUGCCCAGAUAGGAAUUCUGGUUGCUUCCAUUAGAGUAGCUAAACUUCUACUAGGCUCUGAUUGCCCCUGUCUCUCGUGGUUUGAUUUGGUGAAUUAGCAUCCUCAUGAGCCAGGAGUCUAAAUCAGUCCAUUGCCCAGCUGUCAGACCUUCCACAGAAAUGUCCAUGAGAGUCCAGGUUUAAGUCCUUCAAUAGGAAGAUCAUGGGCAUCAUGCCUGCAGUGAAACUUACCCAGUGAACAUAUCAGAAUGUGCCCAUGGCAACUUCAAAUCCUAUCUGUGUCUCUAGGAGUUAAGUUAGAUAUGAGUGGGCAUGUCUACAUGUGCAUUAAUGUGUUUUAGUUAAUGCUCAUUAAGUGUAGUACUUCCAUUGUGAGAUCGGGAAAUGCACAUUAGCCUGUCUUAAUGCGCAUUAACUAAAGAGCAUGCUUUUUAAGUGAUGCUUAAUGUUCAUUAAGUAAAUAGCACUGUUUAUAAAGUAAUGCUUUAAUGUGCAUUAAAAUAGGCUAAUGCACAUUAAAGCGUACAUGUCUCUUGAAUUAGGCCAACUUGGUGUUGACCACUAAGGCAUGUUUCUCUGGGCUGAAGGUAAGAAGUUUGAUUUUCAGUAAGUAGCUAUGGCCAUCUGGGGUUUUAUUCUUAAUUCCUUGUGCAUUAUAAAGGCCUAACAAAUUCAGCAGCAACAGGGAGCCAAGGAUCAAGAGUGCACCACUGUUGGUGCUGGGCAAGGAAUCCUGGUACUGCAGGCUUUUGAGGAGGAGAAAGUUGCCAUGAUUACUAAGAGGGUGUUUCUAAUAUGCAUUCCUUUUUAUAGUAUGUUACCAAAUGCUUUGUUUUCCUGAGAAACAAUUUUUAAAACACACAAAAUAGUACAGUAUAUACAAUAGUGUAGUAUAUAUCUAAAAGUGCAUUCACAGAACUUCCGUUCAUGGCAAAUACAAGACUAAUUAGUUAUCGCAGCACUUUCUUUCCAAGGAUUUUGGUAGAUAUGUAUAUGCAGCCUCAUAAAUAAUGCCAGCAAGUUGUCACAUGUAUUUAGCCAGCGUCCUGUUAAUCUGCUUGUUAAAUGUACUGCUAUAAUCUUACAGUGUUAAACUACAGAACUGCUAUAAACCAUGUUUUAAUUAAAUGGUUCCCAUGUAUCCAACAGUAUCAUUAAAAUUCUGAUGUUUCAUUCUC